AUGUAUUUCUACUUGGCUACAGUUAUUGCAAUUAUUUGUUACUUUUUGUACAAAUAUUAUAUCUAUCCUUUAUAUUUGUCGCCAUUACGCAAAAUUCCUGGUCCACCUGUUGAUAAUUUUAUUCUAGGACACUAUGCAUCGAUUUUAAAUAGACAACAAGGUGAAGCUUUUGCUUACUUAGUAAAACAAUAUGGUGGGAUGGUUAGAUAUCACGGAAUAUUGAAUAAACCAUAUUUAAUAAUUUCCGAUCCAACACUUGUCCAACAAAUAUUGGUAAAUUGUUCAUAUGACUAUCCAAAGUUGAUCUUUGAUAGAGCUUUGAUCAAGGAUUUGUUAGGUGAAGGUAUUUUACUUGCUGAAGGUGAUUCUCAUAAACGACAGAGAAAAAUUUUGACUCCUUCAUUUGCUUUUACUAAUAUUAAGAGAAUGGUUCCAACAUUCGUUCAAGCUGGUCAUGAUUUAAAGGAUCUCUGGAUAAAACAAAUUGGUAAUAAGAAAGAGGAAAGAAUUACGAUUACAGCAUUAAUUCCAAAUAUAACUUUAGAUGUUAUUGCUCAAGCAUACAAAUUAAUAAUUACUCGUAAUCCUUCAUCUUUAUACGCAGCAAUUCUCGACACCUUUCCAUUUAUCAGAAAAUUGCCAACCCAUUACAAUAAUCAAUAUCAUAAUUCUAUUAAAACUAUCAAUAAUAUUUCUGAGAGACUCAUUGCUGAACAAAAAAAUAAGCUUGUUCGAGGAACUGAUUUAUUUUCAUUGUUAAUAAAUGCAAAUGAUAACUUGCCUGUUGAUGAACAAUUAACACAUAAAGAAUUACUUAGCCAGACCACUAAUACUACCUUGUCUUGGUCACUAUAUUUUCUCGCAAAAAAUCCUGAUAUUCAGGAUCGUCUUCGUAAAGAAGUGUCUGAUGUAUUAAUUGAUCGUAAUUGUCAUCCAUCUAUUGAUGAGAUUGAACAUUUGAAAUUUUUAGAAUGUGUCUUUAAAGAAACUUUGAGGAUCGUUUCACCUUUGCCUUCACUCCUUCGUUCUAAUUCAAAAGACGAAAUAAUGAAUGGUUACUUUAUUCCAAAGAAAACACCAUUAUUUAUUCCUAUCCAUGCAAUUCAUCAUGAUCCCUUAAUUUGGGGCGAUGAUGCUGAAUAUUUUAACCCAUCUCGGUGGCUUAAUCCUGAAAUAAAAUCAAAAAUAACAAAUAGUAAUUUCUUACCUUUUGGUGCUGGUCCAAAAAAUUGUUUAGGAAUGAAAAUGGCUUAUUUGGAAUUUAAAUCUAUUUUAUCUGUAAUUAUUAGAAAUUUUGAGUUUAGAUCCGUUGAAGGGUUUACUGUUAAAAAGAGAUUUAAUGGUUUGGCUAAACCUCUUCCCGGUGUUGAUUUAUGGGUUUCAAAAGUAGAUUAUUAA